AUGGAGCAUUCGGAGAGUAAGGAGGGUUUGAGUCCAACCAAGGUUUCAGUUCUUGUGGGCUUCAUUUUUUCUGAGGCCUAUUCUAUUGGCUAUUGUGGUCUCUACUCGGCUGUUAUGUUUAAUGCCACAAACAAUGAUGUUACUGAUGCCGGUAAUGAGUAUGAUUUUUAUAGUGGCCAUGCGGUAAAGGUUAUAGUAUGA